AUGGGUGAUAUUGACGAAAUACCAGGCACUCGUCGACGCGCCGCCGCCAGGACAACUGAAGUACGAGAACAAUUACUUGAUAAUGGUGAUAGCAAUUUUCAACAACGGCGCAUAAAAAGACAAAGGUCUCCAAUGACUUCAAGAAUAUUCAAUGCAAUAAUAUGGACAACAAUCGCUUUUGUCUUUUCUUGGUAUUUUGAGUUAUCUCAAGGAAUCCAUCUCGUUUUAGAAAAUAGUUGGACGAGAAAAAGCUUUUACCUAUCAUUAUUCGCAUUAUUGAAUAUCGUAACGAUUUUUAUAUAUUUACAAUACUAUAUACCAUUCAAGAAAGAUAUCCCACCACCAAAUUAUGGUUCAUGGGAUUUUGAUGAUUCUUUAAAAAAAUUUAUUCCUAUAGCUACUAUAUUGGGUGUAAUAUGUGUAAUGGGAUUAUUUAUUAGCCUUUGGAACAUUUGUGGAUUCUUCGGUACUUCUCUGACCCCAUCUUUGAGCGAAACAUUUCUUUAUCAAUGA